UAAGGUUAAGUUGUCUGCAACUGUUAAUUAGUCGGCAACAAAUUAAACUUAGAGAGCAAAAACAUAGAGAGAUAUACAUUUACCCAAAUAUAUACCAUUAAUUAGGUCCCUCUCUCUCUCUCUCUCUCUCAUUUUUUCCUUCCUUUUCCUUGUUUUACAGUCCACAAACGUUAACCCCUUUUUAACCUGUAUAAAUACCUACACAUGUAUCACCUCUGUUAAUAUAGCUCUCUCUCUCUCUCUCUCUCUCUCUCUCUCUCUCACAUUAGCAUAUGGCAGAAUUUGAAUACCAAACUACGCCAAACAACACAGCCACUGCAAACGGACCCUUAAAGCUCUUUGGCUUUGACGUCAAUUCAUCAGAGGAUGAGGAGGUAGAGUCAACCAGCAAGACGACAUCAGGGUCGCCUGACCACGCCUCUUUUCCGGCGUCCGAGGGCCGGAAGUACGAGUGCCAGUACUGCUGCCGCGAGUUCGCCAACUCCCAAGCCCUGGGCGGCCACCAGAACGCCCACAAGAAAGAGAGACAGCAACUGAAGCGAGCCCAAAUGCAAGCCUCGCGAAACGCCGCCGCUUCCUUCCUCCAAAACCCCAUGAUCUCCGCCUUCGGUCCUCCGCCGCACCUCCUCGCCCCGGCGGCAGCCCAGGCCCAACCGUGGGUUUACUUCCCACGCUCCGGCGCCGCCCCGCAGUUUCACUUGUCGCAUGGCUGCGUUUUCUCUGCUUCGGGCCCGAGAGAUGCAGAGACGUUAUCUUAUGCCGGCAGCAUAGGGGAUUCGACAUUGACGAGGAGUGAAGCGCAACGUCAGGGCGUGGCCCGGGGAGGAAUUGAUAUCGAUGGGGCUUCGCUGAGCAGAUUCUCGAGUGGAGGUGGUGGGCCCAGUUUGGACGACGCACUCGGCUUGGACUUGCAUCUGAGCCUAGCUCCUCCUGCACCAUGACCAUGAGUUCGCAGCAGCCAGCAGCCAGCAGCCAUAUGGAUCGGCUAUGCUAGCCACUGCCACAAUCGGAACUUGUAAAUUUUAAAAUUAUUUAUUUAUUUAUUUUGUUUGUGAA